AUGAGCACAGAGGACAAACCUUCAACUUCCAAGGAACCCAUGAAAAUGCCUGAAAACGCAGCUCCUGUCGUAUCGGCAAGCGAAGCUGCAGCUAGGCAAGGAGAUCAGAUAGAAGUAUUAGCGAAGGAAGCAGAAGAAUUAAGAAAGAAGCUAGACCAAGAGCGACAAAAACUGAACGAUAUUCCGAUCCAGCAAGCCGCAGAACGACUGGAUCCGCUUCCAAAUCUAGGAAUUAAGCAAAGAAGAAUUCUAAAAGGACAUGCCGGAAAGGUUCUAUGUAUGGAUUGGUCGCUGGACAAAAGGCAUAUUGUUAGUUCAUCGCAAGAUGGAAAGGUGAUAGUAUGGGAUGGGUUCACUACGAACAAAGAACACGCUUUGACGAUGCCAACUACAUGGGUCAUGGCUUGCGCAUAUUCUCCGAGUAGUCAGUUGAUUGCAUGCGGAGGGCUUGACAACAAAUGCAGUGUUUUCCCUCUUUCAUUUGAAGACGACAUUCUGCAAAAGAAGAGAAGUGUGGCCACACAUACGAGUUAUAUGAGUUGUUGCAUGUUCUUGCGUUCGGAUAACCUUCUGCUCACUGGAAGCGGCGAUUCUACUUGUGCUAUAUGGGAUGUAGAAAGUGGGCAGAUGAUCCAGAAUUUCCAUGGACACACUGGCGAUGUUUUCGCAAUAGACGUACCUAAGUGCGAUACUGGUAAUGUUUUCAUUUCUGCCGGUGCCGACAAACAUUCGUUGGUGUGGGAUAUUCGCACAGGACAAUGUGUUCAGUCAUUCGAAGGCCACGAAGCGGACAUUAACACCGUUAGGUUCCAUCCGAAUGGAGAUGCAUUCGCUACCGGUUCCGACGAUGCCACAUGCCGUUUAUUUGAUUUACGAGCCGACCGGCAAGUAUGUGUCUACGAAAAGGAAUCCAUACUCUUUCCUGUGAAUGGAGUAGAUUUCAGUGUAAGCGGACGUAUUCUGUUCGCCGGCUACGGUGACUAUCGCGUCGGCGUAUGGGAUUCACUUAAAUGCGUGCGCCAUUCGGUUCUUUAUGGACAUGAAAAUCGCAUCAGCUGUUUACGAACUAGCCCCGAUGGAACUGCUAUAUGCUCUGCCAGUUGGGAUUGUACUAUUAGGAUCUGGGCAUGA